AUGAACUUGGAUCGUUUACGAAAGCGAGUGCGGCAGUAUAUAGAGCAGCAACAGUACCAGAGUGCCUUGUUUUGGGCAGAUAAGGUAGCUUCACUAUCGCAUGAGGAACCACAAGAUGUUUAUUGGUUGGCACAAUGUCUGUAUCUGACUACUCAGUAUCACAGAGCUUCACAUGCUUUACGGUCACGAAAAUUGGAUAAGGUGUUUGAAGCAUGUCGUUAUCUUGCAGCUCGAUGUCAUUACGCAGCAAAAGAGUACCAGCAAGCUCUUGAUAUCCUAGAUAUGGAGGAGCCCAUCAGUAAAAAGCUGUUUGAUAAGAGUGCAAAAGAAGAAAAGAUCUUAAGGGAUAGUUCCGGAGAAUGGCAAAUGUCUCAGUCCUCGAUUAAGAGCUCCAUUUGCUUGUUGCGUGGGAAGAUAUAUGAUGCCUUGGAUAACCGAACACUGGCAACUUACAGUUACAAAGAGGCCUUGAAGUUUGAUGUUUACUGUUUUGAAGCAUUUGACCUUUUAACAGCACACCAUAUGCUAACAGCACAAGAAGAGAAAGAACUUCUUGAUUCGCUACCCCUCAGUAAGAAAUGUCCAGAAGAUCAAGAACUCCUCCGUUUCCUCUUUGAAAACAAGCUGAAAAAGUACAAUAAGCCUAGUGAAACAGUAAUUCCAGAAUCUGUAGAUGGGCUUCAGGAAAACUUAGAUGUAGUGGUCUCCUUGGCAGAAAGACAUUACUACAACUGUGACUUCAAGAUGUGUUAUAAACUUACAUCUGCGGUUAUGGAAAAAGAUCCCUUUCAUGCAAAUUGUUUACCUGUACAUAUAGGCACUCUUGUAGAGCUGAACAAAGCAAAUGAACUCUUCUAUCUCUCACAUAAACUAGUUGAUUUAUAUCCAAAUAAUCCUGUGUCCUGGUUUGCAGUGGGUUGUUACUAUCUCAUGGUGGGGCAUAAAAAUGAACAUGCCAGAAGGUAUCUCAGCAAAGCCACCACACUAGAGAGAAGCUAUGGUCCAGCUUGGAUUGCAUAUGGACAUUCAUUUGCAGUGGAAAGUGAACAUGACCAAGCAAUGGCUGCAUAUUUCACAGCAGCCCAGCUGAUGAAAGGAUGUCAUUUGCCAAUGCUGUAUAUUGGACUGGAGUAUGGCCUGACUAAUAAUUCCAAGCUGGCAGAAAGAUUCUUUAGUCAGGCUCUGAGUAUUGCGCCAGAGGAUCCGUUUGUUAUGCAUGAAGUUGGUGUGGUGGCAUUUCAGAAUGGAGACUGGAAAACUGCUGAGAAAUGGUUCUUGGAAGCACUAGAGAAAAUCCGAGCCAUUGGAAACGAGGUAACUGUGGAUAAAUGGGAACCUUUAUUAAACAACUUGGGUCAUGUACGUAGAAAAUUAAAAAAAUAUGAAGAUGCCUUAGAGUAUCAUCGUCAAGCUCUAGUUCUGAUACCACAAAAUGCCUCCACCUAUUCAGCUAUUGGAUAUAUACACAGUCUAAUGGGAAAUUUUGAAAGUGCAAUUGAUUAUUUCCAUACAGCUUUAGGUCUAAGAAGAGAUGAUACAUUUUCCGUUACAAUGCUUGGACAUUGCAUUGAAAUGUAUAUUGGAGACUCUGAAGCAUAUAUUGGAACAGAGAUCAAGGACAAGUUAAGAUGUUAUGACUUUGAUGUGCACACAAUGAAAACUUUGAAGAACAUAAUUUCUUCUCCAUGGGAGGUUGACAUGGAGAGACAGUCUCUUGACGUAAGUGGCAUAAUGGCCCUAGAGUCCACUAAUCUUCUGCCUAAAUCUUCUGAUGCCAGGUCUCCAGUUGAAGAAGCUCUUGAAAUAGAGAUGAAUGAGAGUGAUAUGAUGCUAGAAACCUCAAUGUCCGAUCAUAGUACAUGA